AUGUCUUCUACCAUACUUCGUCGCGCCCCAGGAGACCCGGUCUAUGAUCGAGGCGACCUCUCGUUCAUCAUGUUGUGCGGUGCCUUGGUGUUCUUCAUGGUGCCAGGCCUUGCUUUCCUUUACUCUGGUUUAUCGCGCCGGAAAAGUGCACUGUCCAUGAUCUGGGCCGUAUGCGCGGCCAACGGGGUAGUCAUCUUCCAAUGGUUCUUCUGGGGUUAUUCACUAUCGUACUCGACGACCGCAACGAAUGGUUUCAUAGGAAACUUGUCCAACAUUGGCCUCAGGAACGUUGGCGCGCAACUGUCCCCGGGUUCCCCACUGGUACCAGACAUUCUCUACAGCUUCUUCCAAAUGGAAUUUGCAUGCGUAACAGCUGCAAUUUUGAUGGGCGGUCUCGCGGAGCGUGGUCGAGUUUUGCCGGGCAUGGUCUUCCUCUUUGUCUGGAUGACGCUCGUUUACUGCCCUUUGGCUUGCUGGGUCUGGAGCGGAAACGGAUGGGCGUUCAAAUGGGGGGUCCUCGACUUUGCUGGUGGAGGCCCUGUCGAGAUCGGGAGUGGAGUUGGUGGUCUUGCCUUUUCCUGGGUUCUCGGUCGUCGCACAGAACGUCAGCUCCUCAACUUCCGGCCUCACAAUGUUUCCCUCGUCGGACUCGGUACCGCCAUGCUUUGGUUCGGAUGGCUAGGUUUCAACGGAGGCAGCGCUUUUGGCGCCAAUCUUCGCGCCGUUUUCGCCAUCUGGAACACUAUGAUCGCUGGUGCAAUGGCUGGUCUUGUAUGGUGUGCUCUAGAUUAUCGCUAUGAGCGACACUGGAGCAUGGUCGGCCUCUGUUCCGGCACGAUUGCAGGACUGGUUGCAGCCACUCCCUCCUCUGGAUUCCUCUACCCAUGGGCAUCUAUCAUCACCGGUAUCCUAUCGGGCACCAUUUGUAACUUUGCAACCAAAGUUAAAUACCUUGUUCGAAUCGACGACGCACUCGAUCUCUUCGCUGAGCACGCGGUUGGGGGUAUCGUGGGUCUCUUCAUCAACGCCUUUUUUGCGUCUGGCAAGAUCAUCGCCUACGACGACGUUAAUACAGAGGUACCCGGAGGAUUCCUCGAUCAUAACUGGGCUCAGCUGUACAAGCAACUUGCAUAUGUUGCUGCCACCUGUGCAUAUACCUUUAUCGUGACUGCCUUGAUUGCUAAAGCCAUCGACAUGAUUCCUGGCCUUCAGCUCCGCACAUCUCCCGAGGGUGAGAUUGUUGGCCUUGACGAGACUGAGAUCGGCGAAUUUGCAAGUGACUACAUCGAAAUUCGGCGUGAAGUCACGGAUAGCUUCCAGACCGGCUCUGUUGACAAGUUCAAGCUUGUCGCCAACGGUGACCGACACGGUCAAAAUGACCUCGCUCUCGAGGGGCAUCGCAAUGCUACAGUACAGUUUGAAGCUCAAGAAAAGGAGAAGCAAGAGGUUGCUUCCCAUACGGGGUCGUCUUCAACCACGGGCCAGCAAUAG